AUGGCAUUGUGCUCAGACCGAGCUUGGUCCGACUGUCAACGUUGGUCGAGGGAUACUGUAUACUGUAGCGUGACCUCCGGAGUCCAGUCAAGGUCACUGGGUCCGAUUCGUCGCCCCCACCCCGAGAAGGCGGAUUAUCCGCCUGCAAGCUGCAGCGUCUUGCAGAAGCAUCGGAAUGCAGGGCGAAUUGGCAGCUCUGAUUCGUCGACACGCGGAUGCGAGGUGCAGAAGUACCACGCCGUCGAUCUGAGCCAGAAAUCGGGUUCUUUUUACAAAGACAUUCUCAAUUCACAACGUCUGCCAAACACCAAUCGAACACACGAGCCGAGACAAAACACGGUUGUGGAACCAUACGAGAACGUUUCGACGUCGAUCCUGCUCCGAUCCCAUUGUCGGACGGAGGAGCGACGACGCUUUAUUGUUCACUCCAUCUAG